AUGUAUCACCAAACUCAACCAAUCUCAUACAAUGUGCCAUCAAACGUUUACACCGUUCCAUAUGAGCAAAACUGGAUUGCCGAUCCCCAAGACUGCGAAUACGCUCCAGGAAUGUUAACUGUAAUGGAUGUCGAUGAGUCUAUUCUUCAGGCUGAUCAAGUUGUUUAUCAAGCCAAACCAGCUGUUAAACUUGGUCGCACUGGACGUCCAAAGCGCAUUCGAACCAACUAUACUAGCGAUCAAUUGAGCGAACUGGAACUUUUCUUCAAGAACAACCGUUACUUGACUCGUGCACAUCGAAUUGAAAUGGCCAAGAAGUUGAACUUGAACGAGCGCCAAGUGAAAAUCUGGUUCCAAAACCGUCGCAUGAAAGAGAAACGUGAAAAUGCAAGCUCGAACAAGGUAUCGAAGAACCGAUCGAUUUCACCAUCGCAAUCUUUGUCAUCAGGACCAUCAUCACCAUCUUCACACCGUUCGCGUACACCUCACAGUGACGAUUCAGCUAGCCAAUUGACCGAUCAACAAAUUCGCAAAAAUCUGUUGCAAUAUCAAAACUUCCAAUACACCACUCAGGAGCCAGCAUGUCAAGAAUCGCAAACCCUCUAUCGUCCAAUUUACGAAACCUACGUGGUUCCAAAUCAAGCCGAUCCAACACAAUCAAUCAAAGUCGAAGGAAAUGCAUCACAGGAGCAAAUUGUCGAUUCAGGUGAAGUGCAUAACUUCCUCGAAGGGGAAAAGGAAUACAUGCAGCAUUAUGGAUUUGUUCAAUUGAAAAAUGAACAUGGACUUAAUAAUGGAUUCUCCGAAGCCGAAUUUGAAGAAUACAAACAAUCGCACAACAGCUCAUUCUCAAGCGUACACGAUGAGAUCAAUACAAGUCAAACUUCAUUGAGCUCGAAAUCAAACCAACUUGAUCUAUUCCCAGGAUUCUUCUUCGAAAAUUUACAAGAUCCAAUGGACUUGCCAAACGAUGUUUCCACCAACUGGUCACUUUUCCCACAAGACGAGGUGUCAGAAGUCAAUUUACUCAAUCUUUAA